CAUGUAUUACAAGUGGUAAGUAAAGGAGAAAACCCGGCAGUUUACUUUCGUUUUUCUACUGUUCAGCAACUUGACUUUAGAACAUUUAUAGAAGAAGGCUUGCAUAUUGUAACAAGGAUUGUUAAUAACAUCAGUUUACGACGAUCAUUUAAUACAUAAUACAAUAUAUUCAAAUUGAUAACAUCUAUACUGGUAUUAAAGCUGCGCACAAACAUGUUGUACAUAAAGAUUAGGAAUUGUACUAUUCUGUAAAGAAGAUUGAUUAUCGAGCCGAGAAUCCCAUUUGAAAUGGAUCAAGAGGGCGACGACAUACCAGGUGAAACAAUAGAUUUCAACUCCAUUAAACCAAAUUCUUUACCACUUGGUAAAACAUAUCAUAUUUUCUUAUCGUACAAGACUGACAAUCGAGACCGUCGAGUCGCCUUACAGAUAGACAGAUUGUUACGAGGUAAAGGGUACAAAUGUUGCCUCCAUGAAAGAGAUUUUCUAGCUGGAGAUACCAUAGUAAACAAUAUUGAACAAAAUAUUGAACGUUCUAUAAAAGUAGUAUUCUUGUUAUCAGAAAACUCUUCUGCAAGCGAAUGGUGCCAAUACGAGCUAACUGUGACAGAGACAUUUCAUAUUCAGAACAAAGGAUAUAAGCCAAUCAUAUUAAAGCUUGAUCAAUGCAAGUUGCCAGAUACGUUGAAAAGAUAUACAUACCUUUCAGCAGACAGGCCUACAGAAGAAUGGAUUGGCAGACUAGCAGCGGCAAUUAACAAUGAAACCGAUCACCUGAUUACUAGCAGAAGAACCAUUAAGUUCGUUCCAGUUCCAUGUAUUGAUUACAAUCGUGACAAAGAACACAAAAAUUCCACAUGUCGAUAUCCACACAUCUGUGCAAAGUAUAUAGUCAAUGAUGAUAAAUGUGAUGGAAGUUGUGGCAAAAAUCAUAAUUUGGUAACCAAUCAGUCAAGGGAAAUUUUAGUUGACAUUGGAUUCAUUACUGACGGCAAUUAUGAUUCCCUGCUGGAAACCUAUAAGCACAAAUGUCAGAAAAAGCUGGCUGAUAUGGCAAAAACUGGAGUAACUGGCCCCUGUUGUUAUUAUAAUUACAAGGGAUGUUUGCUUGGUGAUUUUCACUGUCCGUUUACUCACAUAUGUAAAGACUGGUUUCUUGGUUCUUGCGUAAAGCAGAAAUGUACCCUUUCUCAUGAUAUUUUGAAUGAUCACACGAAAGGCUUGCUUAAAAUCUUUGACAUUGAUACUACCCAAGACAAGGUCGUCAUUUUAAACAGAUAUCGUGCAAAGUAUCCUCACAAAAUGUUUAUUCCGAUGCAAGAGUCAGUAUUCACAAGAACGUUUUUGAGGGAAAACUGGUUGUCUAUUGUAAUAAGUGUUCUUAUAACUGCUGGAGUCACUGCCUAUUUAAUACAAAUUGAUUUAACAGUUUAAACAUAUUUAAAUAGGUUGACGAACUUUCGUUAUGUUUUUAUGAGCAAAUACGUUGAACUGUGAAACUGAACUAACGGACGAGUCUAUUCUAGAAAUACUUAUAUACCUUUUCGGAUUUGAGCGUUCCUGAUGAAGGGAAAUCCAGAAAACUGAUUCGGACGCAUGAAAUUUAUAACGUGUUGUUUUCAUUUUUCAUUUGAGACAAACAUGAGUACUUAUCAUGCACACUCAUUCAAAAGGGGAUAUAUUAAGGCAGGUAGUUUAUCGAUGCUCAAAUAUCAUAUUUCGAUUAGGAAGAACAUAGAAUAUACACCAAAUCAAUUAAGAUGCAACCUAUGUAAUUACUUGUGUGAUGGAUAUUCCAAUCGAAAACAUAUUUGUAGCAUAUAAAGAUGAUCAGGUCUUUCACAAAGACACAAUUCUGUCUAGUUCAUCAUUAUGCACUAUUUGUGUAUUUUUAUGCAGGUUUGUUUCAUUCUCUAUAAAUAUGAAGCAGAGCUCAUA